GACAGUGUUAGCGCCAUCUACGUGGCGAUGAUGAAUACUGAUGCAAGGCGGAAAAGUGUUCUAGGAGGAGCUAAUUUUAUUUAUUUUUAUUUCGGUCCACGACACCUCCGCGGAUUCCACCUGUACCCAGUCACGAUGAAAACACUCGGUGUUUUGUCGCAUUCAUCAGCCGGAGUGGGUCUUGCUGAACAUCGCAGCAUCAUGAAGCGAUUGCUUACUGCUGCAGAGCGAGGUGAGCCAAAGAAACCCAACGGAGUAAUUAACAUGAUCCUAGCAAGGUUUCUGUUCUUGCUCAUCCUUCCUUCACUGGGUAUGUGUGCUCCACAAGUACAGAAAACCUCCAGUGAUGGCAUUCUCCCAACAGACUUUGCCAAUCCUUUUGGGUCCAGUGAAGACAACCACAGGCUCUUGCAAAGCUACAUCAAGAGCAACCUGAAGGAGGGGCAGGCCAAUCUGGAGCUUAAAACAAGGGAACAAGAGGUGUUCUUCCUCUUCUCCUUGUAUGACUAUGAUAGAAGUGGGCAGAUAGAUGGCCUUGAAUUGAUGCAACUUCUAACAGAUUUCCUGUCUCAUCAUGCAUUAUUGCCAAAGUCAACAGAUUCUGUAGUGUCUUUGGUGGAUUACCUGCUACAAACUCAGGAUCUGAACCAGGAUGGAUUACUGGCUCCCUCAGAGCUGCUCUCAUCAUCCACGCAGGACCAUCAGCAAGAAAACAACCUUGUGCCCCCUGAUGCACCAGCUGAGCUGGUGGAGGACAACUUAAAACAGGAGCAAACAGAUACAAAAACAGAGGGUAGAGAUGCUGAAACUCACCAGCAAGUGGCAGAGGUUCAAGACAACCUCUAAGAGCCUUAAAAGAAACAACUAUAACCUGCUGAAGAUCAUAAUGAGUCAAAUCCAGCUCAAGACGAACAAAGACAGGCUGGGGAGCCAUCAGAUUAGAACCAGAUACCAGAAUCAGAUUAAGAAUGGUAGGGCAGUCUAUAGCCUUUAGAAGAGCAGGAGCUGCAAUAUGGUCAACAGGAAUAGGAGAACAUGCUAGUCCAUUAAAGUGACCUAGAGAUGUAAAGCCAAAUUAAGCGUGAACAACUUUAGAGACAAAUCAGCCGUACUUUGGAAACCACAAAGCUUGUCAGUCCCCUAUUCAGUUUCACUUGCUGCAUAUAAUUUUUCACAGAAGCAUAAUGUAUUUCCAGGUGUUAAUGAUUUAAUAAUUGGAGUUCACCAAACUGUACAAAACUCUAAUUUACUUUGUUUUUAUUCUGUUUAUUGGAGUUAGUAAUGUGUUAUUCAAACUAUGCAAACCCAGAAAAGCAUGUAUUUUAUUGCAAAAAAAAAAAAAAAAAGUCAUAGCCAAGAUCCAUUCAUACUGUUUUGUACCUAACUUGGUGCAUAAUGUUUCUAUGUCAAACUGUUGUGGAAUGAAGGUGGAGUGUAUACUUUUGAUCUGCUGUUACAAAGAUUUUUUACAAAGUACAUUUUUCUGACUUUGGGUGUAAUAGAAGCUUUGGAUGCCUCUGAUUUCUUAAAAAUAAUUAUGUGUUGCCAAACAGUGGGUGAAAAAUGCACAACUUGAUUGCUUAAAAAUAUUUAAGAUAUUUUGUUAUUUUUUUAAUGUGCUCAAUUUUGCUUCCAUUUCUUUUUUUUAUGAAGCACCGUUAUUUUAGAAAUCAACACCAUGUGCAAUGCAUCAUUUUGGCCUAUGUUUUGCUUUUUAAGCAUGCAUGUUUUAUCAAGGAGGUUUUUUUUUUUUUUUUUAAGACAAAUGUGGUGCCCUUAGAUGGAGCCUGUGAAUAAACUAAAACGAUUUUUAUUAAUGUUGAUAAUGGUUAAAUAGUCCCAAAAAGUAGGACUGUUGCAAUUAUUAAAUUGUCUGUUUUCGGUUAUAUAUAAUAAAUUGUGCACUUCAAAUUCCAAUCACAUUUGAAUGUUAAAAUAAGGGAAUUUUUAAGCGAAUACUGUAUAAAUGCCAUCAACAGCACGUUUGAGUCAGUGUCGAUUGUUUUAAGGCUACACAGGAUGCAGGGCUUUCCUUAAAUUUUCAUUAAAAUUGC